AGUUGCCACUUGAGGGUUGCUGCCAUAAAGGGAGCUGCUUACCCUGGCAGCUUCCUGCCGCAUUUCUGGCAUUAUAUAGUGCCCGCUCCGUAGCUCCAGCAGUCAGUUUUGCCUAGCAGUCAGUUUUGCCUAGCACUCUUACUACUAGCUGAAAUAGUGUCAUUUUAGUGUUUCAGUGGUGUAACUUUUGGCAAACCAGUGUAUGCAUUAGAGAGCACUGCUACUGUUGUAUGUACUGCUGAGUUGUGGCGGCAACUGAGACAGACUUUGUUGGAUGUUGUUGAUGGGAUUUGGUGGCGGGAGGAAAGAGGGCGGAGGAGACCACAUGAGGCGCAGCAGCAGUUUAGAUAUGCUUGCCCCUCCCGUAACAAGUGGGAUGGGCCACCGACGCUCCAGCCAUACCAUGCUGAGCAACUUUGCGUCACUCGUGAUGUCUACCAUCUCGAUUACAGGGCACGAGCACCCGUACGCGAUCCAGGCCCACCAGAACAGACAGGCGGAGGGAGGAGGGUAUGCAGUGGGGGAGAGUAAGCCACCUGGAGGUAUGGAGUUCUAUAUCAAGAGGAAGAACCCUCCUCCACCUGUUGAGACAAAGGCCUAUAACCGGGAGAACGGGAAAGCGAAGAAGAGAUCGUCCAAGAUCAAGGACUGGUACCGCGGCAAGAGAUCGAGAGACGGGCCCGUGAAGAAGAGGAAAUUCAGACUCUUCGGAGCUCCUCUGUCACAUAUCAUGGGCAACGGACAACUGCCAGACAUUCUUCACGAGAUGCUGGUAAGACUCUACAAUGAAGGGCCAGAGACUCGCGGCAUAUUCAGAAUAACUGCCAACACUCGCAAAGUCAAGGAAAUGAAGGAGGCCAUCAACAACAGACAGAGAGUGGAUCUCUCGUCGGAGGAGACCUCCAUCCACACGGUGGCAGCUCUACUGAAGGACCUCCUCCGUAACGUCCCCGGAGGAAUCCUCCUCUCCAGCCGCUACACCGAGUUUGUGGCCACAAACGACUUCAAGGAUGUGGACACCAGAGUACAACACAUACAGAGGAUCCUGCAGAAGCUACCACCCGAGAACCUCCGGUUCCUCCACUACCUCCUCCCCCUCCUCCAUCGCAUCACCGAGGAAGAUGAGACAAACGGAAUGAACGCCAUAAACCUCGCCAUCUGCUUCGCGCCAACCCUCCUCUGGCCCGAUUCGGGGCUCGACGUCAUCAAGAACGAGGUGCCCCCGCUCAUCCAGUUCAUGAUUCAGAACUCCCCGAGGAUUUUCGGCACCGAGCUCCCGGAUCUGUACGGCAUGCAGACGGUGCUGAGCAGCCCGUCACCGCGCAGCUACCGAGUCCCGACAAAGAAAACUGACGGAAAUCUCCGAUCGUUCGGACACCGAAGAAACCAGUCGUUUGACACGUCCACCAGCGAGGAUUCUGCGGGUGAGGACGACCUCCCGUCGAACCUCGUUCAGAUGCAGAGUGUAGGGCUGACGGUGAGCGACUCGCAAGUCUCGGUUCUCUCUCAGCAGCUGGAGGAGGAGGAGGAGUACGCGGGGUCUUCCUCCAAAGUCCUGGUGUUACUCUCUGGAGAGCGUCACCACCACGAGAGGUUCCCCAACUUGCCCAAGAGGCCCAAGAAAUCGCGACCGGCCGAGAGGUCGAGUUCUUAUCGCGGGCCAAACGAGAGACCACUCUAUGUUCAGAAUUACCACGCGAAACUGGACGACGCCUCACGGCGCAAGUCAAUCGCAACGCAAACGACCCUCUCACGAGGGGAGCAGCUUCGUUACCCCUCAUCUUCCCCCUCCGGUGCACCCGGAGCUCCGUCCAUUCUCCAAACACCCAGCGGGGCUCUCUCCUCCACACCGUGCACUCAAGAAAUGGCUGCGGCCUCGUUUUUCAAAUCCCGGCAGAUGCAGAGCUUUGACGAGAAUGAGGAGUACGAAGACGACGAUAUCGUUGAGGAAGCAGUGAGGCGAAGGCCCGGGCAGAAAAUGAAGCACGGUGGUGCGUCUUCUUACCGGCAUUACUCCGUUGAUCACAUACUCCAAGUCCCAGCAAUGAGUGACCCUCACUCUGUGUCCUACUACGACCAUCUCCCACCGCUGAGCUCCGGAGAGCCCGGGCUCGGCCAACAGCGAAGACAGCCUCGCAAACUCAACCUCCUCGGUUCGCAGCAUCGCGACGACAGUUUCGAGACGCCGAUGGACGAAGAGGAAGAAGACACGCGGUGGGACACUGGACUCCAAAUCCUCUCAUCCUCAGAGCUACCAACUGUCCACGCCAGCAAUCAGUCCAUUGCCAGUCGAUCCUCUGGUAGCUCCGGCGGGCACUACUACUCAUCAGCAAGCAACCCAAAACUCCCGCAAAGCCGACCCAGUAACAUGUCCCUGGUAUCUAGUGUCUCUGAGAGCUCUUACGCCAGCGCCAGCACCCUCAACAAAGAAUCGCCGGAACCGGAGCGAACGCCACUCAGUCGAGAAAUGGUAAAGUACGAGAUCACGCGCCGUUUCCACAUCCCUCCAUCACGGGAAAGCUCCUUUAAUUCGGUGCACACAUCGGCGAGUCGCUCGGACAGUUUCAACCAGGAGAUGGAGAACAUCCAGAGAAAGUUUCAGGAGAGGAGAAGACCAGAAGCACUCCACUCAGUGUCCACCGCAUCCUCAACCACCCCUCACAGUGACAUCGAGGCUCUGUCGUCUCCACAGAGUUUCGACGACGAUCGCCCGGAAAGCGAACGCCACCUCCACAGUCUCCCGCGUCGCCCGAUCGCACCGGACUUUGUCCAGUCUCCUCCUCCGGUACAACCUGCUGCCCCGCCCCCUGUGGUCCAGCCAGCGACAGGGAUCUACCGUCGUGCACGCUCCAGUGCGGCCGUCACCGGCAGAAGGCGAGACUCUGGCACCGAGGCAGAUCCUCACCGACUCAGCGUGGACAACAAUAACUCUGACACGGAGUCUUCCCCUAGUCGGACGCUCACCCGGAGGGACAGACUUGUUGAGUGGACUACUAAUCUCAGGGGUCUCUCAGCAACUUUACGGUACCAAGGACCUCGGGAGAACGUUGUGAGACCCCAGGGAAGUGUGGGGCAAGCCAUGCUCGGAACCCCCGGUAGAAAAAUCAGUCACCCCUCGGCAGCUGCUGCCGAGGUCUCCAUCAUCCCAGCUCUAAAAGAAGAAGAGAAACCUGGUGCCACUGUGGCUGCUGGAGCAUCAGCAAAAGCGGCACUGACACAAUCUCUACCCUCUUCCCAGCAACCUGUGCUGACAGCAGCGUUGGAACUGACGGAAGAGGAACCGGCUUUGGUAAUUCGUCCGAAAUCGGCGGAGGGGAGCAGCAAGGUUGAGAGUGGGGAGGGGGAGCUUCGCAAAAGAGCCUUGUCAAAUGUCGAGAACGCAAAAGUCAAACUGGGGUUGAUCCCACCUUUCAGACGCUCACGGAGCAUCUCCGAUCCCAAAUCGGGGAAACCUCUAGCUGGCAGGGGGGAGGACGAGGAAGAGGAGGAGGAGGAGAGAGAGGAAGAGAGAGAGGUGUCCCUGUCACAGGGAAAUGUACCAGAGACAAACGAGCAGGGGAAACCCCACGAAGAGAAUGUGACGGAGAAAGUAGACAAGCGGGGAAUGUGGAGGGCCCACGCGCCAAACUCCACCGACCGUAAAGAGGCGUACACGCAGAGAAUGAAAGCCGGUGGUGGGACAGGCACCAGAAACACCAUCAUUGGACAGAGAGGGGUCUCCACUGCUAAGACCAGCAGUCAUGCUCCUCCUCCACCUCCCGCGAUCCAGAGAACAGCGACAGCCCCUGAGAUGGGAGCGAAACGACGGGCUACGACGAUGCCCGAGUAUCUCGCCAUGCGAUCGUCAGUCAUCGGCAGACAGGGGCGUGUCUUGGGGCGUGGUCUCGUUAGAACUGUCAAGAUCACCUCGUACAACAUUCCCGAGCCAAAGAUGAUACACAGAAUCAACGUCAGAACUUUUCACUGACUUGUUGCUUUUUCAAAAGUUCAUCAUUAUUGUUCAUUGUGUUAUGUUCUGUGUGGCAUAUUAUUAUGUUUAAUGCACUGUACUAUAAGAAAUUCUUUAUUUUCAUCCCAAUGAAAGGAGAAAGGGUGCAUUAAUACGAUAAUCUUAUAAGUCAAGUGUCUUUUGCAAGAACUGUGCAAAGCUGUUGAAAGGGCUGGGAGCCUGGAGGGUGCAAGUGAUACCUCUGCAGAUUUGUAGAACAAUCGUGUUGCUUUGUUCAGUAAUUCGAUGAGGCCACCGAUUACCCAGACAAGCAGCGGGGCGCGGUG